AUGGACAAGUUCCGCGCAUUCACCAAUACCAUCGGCUCCACGGUCACGCCCUUUGCGACUCGCAGUCAGCAGUGGAUCAAAGAGCAGACAGGCAACGCCGGCGAGAAGACGGAACUGCCACACGACUAUGUCGAACUGGAGACGCGCAUUGACGCGCUGAAGCAGACGCACCAGCGCUUGCUCGCGGCCACCAGCCAGUACGCGAACGAGGCAUACGAUUACCCCCCGAACGUGAAGGAGAGCUUCCAGGACUUGGGCAAGAGCAUCAGCGAGAAGGUCGGCCUCCUCAGUAAAGCAGGCAGCGCCGCCGAAGCCCAGGCCGCUCUCACUGCCCCUCCCUCCGCUAAGCCACAGCCGAAGACCUUUUCUCACGCCAUCGCACGCGCCUCUCUCGCUGGCUCCCAGACCAUCGCAACGGCGACGCCACAGGGCAGCACUGAGCCUGACCCUCUCUCGCAGGGUCUGGAGAAGUUCGCCAUUGCUUCUGAGAAAGUUGGCGAAGCUCGCCUUGAUCAGGACGAGAAGAUCCAAGGCAAGUUCCUUGCAGGCUGGAGCACAACCCUGAACCAGAGCAUCAAAUCCGCCGAUAAGGCCCGGACCGCUGUGCAGAAUGCACGCUUGAACCUGGAUGCCGUGAAGUCCAAGGCCGCAGCAGGCGGAAAGCAUGAGGAGUCCUACACUGAGCAGCAGCGUCACGCCAUCGAAGCCGCCGAGGACCAGUUCGUCGAGAAGGUGGAUGAGGCCACCAGCAUUAUGCGCAAUGUGCUCGACACUCCUGAACCGCUGAGGAAUCUCGUCGAGUUGGCCAAGGCACAGGCCGAGUAUCACAUGCGUGCUGCGGAGAUCUUGGAGGACGUGGCGCGGAGUGUCGGGGAGCUACAGCAGGAACAGGAAGAGAGCUGGAGGAAGGCACGUGAUGGGCAAUAA